AUGAGUUUGGUUAAGUUAGUUGGGUUGACUUCAAAGUUAACCUUUUAUACUCCUUUACAUUCCAAAUUACCCAUUCAAUCUAUAUUAGCCUUAAGAUCUAUAACCACCCUUUCUCCUAGAUCAUCAAUCCGGUUUAUCAAUGCAUACCAAUCUAAUAAUCUCCAGCCUCAAUUCAAACCAUAUUCAUCCCUUACCAUAAACCACAGAUACUCCACCAAGACAGCUCCUCCUCCUCCACCACCUAAACAAGAUGGUAAACCAAACCAUGAUAAAAACGCCAAGGGUAAAGUCAUUCUUAAUAAGGCCUCAAGAGCAUUCACAUUUUCAUUAUCAUCGUUAAUAGUCUUAGGAGGCACUUGUAUAGCUUUAUUGGUGGUUUAUUUAAUAUUAUCUGAAUUAUUCUUACCUUCAGGUGAUACUCGAACUUUCAAUAAAGCCGUGAAAUUAGUUGAAAAGAAUGAAUUAGCUCAAACCAUGUUAAAUUUCAAAAAGGGUCAAAGAUUAAAAGCUUAUGGUGAAGUGGCAGGUGAUAGAUGGGUUAGAAAUAGACCGGUUCAAAGUAUAAGAACUAAAGGUCAAGAUGGUAAAGAUCGUCUUGUCAUGCAUUUCCAUGUCGAAUCAGAUAGUGGUAAACAUGGUAGAGUUACUUUAGAACAAAUUGAUACUUCAUUUUGGAGUUCUGAAUUCGCUUAUAUUGCUUUAGAAGUUCAAGGUGGUAAAAGAAUAUAUAUUAUUGAACCUAAAUUCCAACAUAAAAAUUAUGUUCCUCCAAUAAGUAAUAAUUCAGGUUUCUUAGGUCUUAAAUGGGGUCCAAAAAAGGAUAAUUGA